GAAGGCGCAGCUGUUCCAUUCCCACACUCUGGUAUAUUACAAUGAUACAAGCGUCCGCUGCUUUUUACUGCCACGGAUUAAGUGUCACACCUCCAUUUUGUUGUAGACCGUAUAUAAUAUAUACCGUAGACGAGAAACUCACACCGCACUUCUGACACUUUUGAGGUGUGCUGUAAGAACCAUCCCCCCAGGAACUCUGACAGUGAAUUUGUGUUCCGUUAAUCCCUCAUUGCAGAUAUUGUUUCCUGUAUGGGCUCUGUCAUCCAGUCUCGGUAAGCCAUGGAAGUGUUGCGUCCCACCUUGAUCACUGUUGGCGGACGUAUAUACAGAAAGAACGCUGUUCGAGAGACCACUUACCAGAAUGAGGAGGAGGAAGAUGAAGAUUUUUAUAUAGGAUCUGAGCAAUGUAUAGAUGAGCCCUGUGAUGAUUACACCAUUGAGGAAACUGAGAAGGGAUACCAGUGUUCCAUUGAUCUACCUAGCCAACUAUUUAAGUACAUUAUAGGUAAGAAAGGAGAGACUAAGAGAAACCUUGAAUCGGACACACGUACAUCUAUCAGCAUUCCAAGGCAAGGAAUGGAAGGAGAAAUUGGUAAGAUGAAAUUAAAGUUCAAUUCUGAAUUCCGUUUGUUGUUUUUUUAACUUUGCUUCUAUUUU